AUGUACACCCGGACACGUCAACCCAGCGGAAACCUCCGGAAAAUCUCCGAAAUCAACGAGCAAGACGAGGCCAUUGAGCAGCACAUCGUCUUUAACCCACGCGAGAAUGGAUUCACCGUCUUGAGGAAACUGUCGGAGGAAGAUCAGGAAGACAGUGGCCACGAGUCUGACGGCCGUACGGAGAGUGAGGCCGAUACGGAAUCUUCCUAUGGACGACGAGAGGGGAAGGAAAAGCAUCACGGAAAGGUCUACAACAUGCUCCGAUGGGUGGCCACCGUCGGCAAGAAGAAGUCCCCAGCCCCAGAAAAACAA